UUUUACUCGAGGAGUGUUCAAUGGACGAAGGCAAACGCGCCCCACAUUCUCUCUCUCUCCUCCUCCCUUCUCUUCUUAGAUCUUCAGACAUGCCAUGCCUCUUAAACCCUAAAUCUCCACCUGGUUAUGUGUAGCUCCUAAAACCCCAAAUGGGUUAUUUGAAUGGAGCUUCAAAGACCCUUAAAUCACCCAAAUAUUUAUCUCUCUUAUGUCGGCAUCGCUCUUCUGCAUUCAGCCCAUUCUCUCCUGUUACUGGAUGCAACCCAGUAAAAGGUCUACUGGGUUGGCACCAUUUCGGUUGGAGCCAUACCUUCUGCUCUCGUUCUCUCCAGAACAGCAGAGACAGCAGUGUAGAUUUAAGCCAAUACCCGCCUGAAAGGAUUCGCAACUUUUCGAUUAUCGCGCAUGUCGAUCAUGGGAAGUCGACGCUGGCUGAUCGGCUUUUGGAGCUCACUGGGACUAUCAAGAGAGGGCAUGGUCAGCCCCAGUAUCUUGAUAAAUUGCAGGUAGAGAGAGAAAGAGGAAUAACCGUUAAGGCUCAGACAGCAACUAUGUUCCACAGGCACAACUUUGAUGGACCUGAUGUUACCAUUGCACAAGAAUCCCCUAGUUUUUUACUCAAUCUUAUUGAUACACCUGGUCAUGUGGAUUUCAGCUAUGAAGUAUCAAGAUCCCUUGCAGCUUGCCAGGGUGUCCUUUUAGUUGUUGAUGCUGCCCAAGGUGUUCAGGCACAAACUGUUGCUAACUUUUAUCUAGCUUUUGAAUCCAAUCUGACAAUAAUCCCUGUCAUAAAUAAAAUUGACCAGCCAACAGCUGAUCCAGAUCAUGUUAAAGCACAGUUAAAAUCCAUGUUUGAUCUCAACCCAAGUGAUGCUCUUUUAACAUCUGCCAAGACAGGUCAAGGUCUUGAGCAGGUCCUCCCAGCAGUCAUAGAGCGGAUACCUCCACCUCCCGGGAAGAGUUGUUCACCUUUGCGUAUGCUCUUGUUGGAUUCAUAUUAUGAUGAAUACAAAGGAGUUAUCUGCCAUGUGGCAGUUGUUGAUGGUGCAUUGCGCAAGGGGGAUAAGAUUUCAUCUUCAGCAACUGGACAUACUUAUGAGGUUUUCGAUGUUGGGAUCAUGCACCCUGAACUCAAAUCUACUGGAGUUCUUUUAACUGGUCAAGUGGGAUAUGUUGUGAGUGGCAUGCGUUCAACCAAAGAGGCACGUGUUGGAGAUACUUUACAUCAUAACAAAAGCAUCGUAGAGCCUCUUCCAGGUUUCAAACCUGCAAAACACAUGGUAUUUUCUGGUCUUUAUCCGGCUGAUGGCUCUGACUUUGAAGCACUUAACCAUGCAAUAGAAAGGCUGACAUGCAAUGAUGCCAGUGUAUCAGUUACUAAGGAGAGCAGCACAGCACUUGGUCUGGGUUUCAGGUGUGGUUUCUUAGGCUUACUUCACAUGGAUGUUUUCCAUCAGCGGCUUGAACAGGAGUAUGGAGCUCACAUAAUUUCUACUGUUCCUACUGUGCCAUAUAUUUUUGAGUACUCCGAUGGAAGCAAAAUACAGGUCCAGAAUCCUGCUGCAUUAGCUUCAAAUCCCGGUAAACGAGUAACAGCUUGUUGGGAACCUACAGUGAUAGCUACAAUUAUUAUUCCUAGUGAAUAUGUGGGGCCUGUUAUUACACUUUGCUCUGAACGGAGAGGGGAGCAAUUGGAGUACUCAUUUAUUGAUAGCCAACGAGCGUUUAUGAAGUAUCGCUUACCUUUGCGGGAAAUUGUCGUGGACUUUUACAAUGAAUUGAAGAGUAUAACAUCAGGGUAUGCGUCAUUUGAUUACGAGGAUGCAGAAUAUCAAGCCUCUGAUUUGGUGAAACUGGACAUCCUUUUGAAUGGACAACCUGUUGAUGCGAUGGCAACCAUUGUUCAUAAUUUGAAGGCACAACGUGUAGGUCGUGAACUAGUGGAGAAGCUGAAGAAAUUUAUUGACAGGCAAAUGUUCGAGAUAGUAAUACAAGCUGCUAUUGGAUCAAAGAUUAUUGCGAGGGAGACGAUUUCGGCCAUGAGAAAGAAUGUUCUUGCAAAGUGUUAUGGUGGGGAUGUUACUCGGAAGCGGAAGCUGUUGGAGAAGCAGAAGGAAGGAAAAAAGCGAAUGAAGCGGGUUGGCUCUGUUGAUAUACCUCAGGAGGCAUUUCAUGAAUUGCUGAAGGUUUCAUAGAGAAAGGAAUCUCAAAGAAUUCGAUAUAGUUUUAACCUAGUGAUAAUUUUUUUCCUAUAAGCUGCAUAUUUUUAUUCAUCAGAUUUAAAAUAUUCAAUUUGAUCUACUAGAAAAUGUAAACUUUUAGGUGCUUAGGCAUUUGAUAUAUGCCCUUGGCUACACACUUCAUUGUAUUUAAUUUUUUAAGGUGACAAGUUCUACAAAACAGAAUAGUAUGAAAUAAAACCAACCUUUCCCA